UUCAAAGAAAAUUAAUAUUUCUUAGAUAUUCAAAAUAACCAUUUUCUGUUUCAAACUUUUCUCUUUAAAAUGAGAUCUUUUUCGUCAAAAUCAAUAAAUUAUGCUUACGUUUUUGUUGCUGACGUAAAUGGAGGUUAUAAAAUUUAGGACAAUGAAUGACAGCUUUAUAACCUUUCACUUUUAAACUGAGAUGGAUUGUGAACACGAUUUCUAUGGCUAUGUUAAUUUCAAAAAAUAGUUUAUAUUUUGCAUAUAUAUAUUCUAUAAAUACAAAUAACAUUAUGUUAACUGUAGAGUAUUAUUAAACUGUUAAUUGGCAUGAAUUCAUAUUUAUUAGCAUUUACUAUGAUAUUACCUUUAUUACCAGCCUUAUUAGAUCAUUACAAAGUAUUGAGUAAUAAAGGACUUUAUUCUAUGAUAUCUCAUCAUGUGCAAAGUUUACGAAUACUUUUAAAUGCUCCUGAUAAAAUUGAUACUGUUCUGUAUGGUGGUUUUCUAGGUUCUAUGUAUUCUUUUUUACAAUUCAUUAGUUCACCAAUAACAGGAGCAUUAUCUGAUACUUAUGGACGGAAACCUUUAAUGAUUUUGUGUUUAACAGGUAUUACAAUGUCGUAUUUAUUAUGGGCACUUUCAAAAAAUUUUGGCAUAUUUGUAUUGGCUAGAUUUGUUGGUGGUAUUAGUAAAGGAAAUAUUAGUUUAUCUAUGGCUAUUAUUUCUGACGUUACAUCCCCUGAGAAAAGAGGAAAAGCUAUGGCUCUAGUGGGAAUAGCAUUUUCUAUUGGAUUUGUAGUGGGACCAAUGAUAGGGGCAUUUUUUGCAUGGAUUUCAAGUGGCAAUAGAAAUGAAACAUGGUAUAUUGCACCUGCAUUAUUUGCUUCCUUGCUUGCUGCAAGUAACUUGUUAUACGUUAUCUAUAAUUUGAAAGAAAGUCUACCAGUUAAAUAUAGAACAAAGACUAUAUUAAGCGGAAUGGUCAAAUCCGUAAUCUAUAUUAAUCCUAUAGAUCUUUUUCAAUUUACUAGUGUAUCAGGAUUAAACGAUAAAGAGCAACACAAUUUGAAGAUGUUAGGUCGUACAUAUUUUGUCUACUUAUUUAUCUAUAGUGGAUUAGAAUUUACCUUAACGUUUCUUACUCAUCACAUAUUUGAAUUUUCGAGUAUGCAACAAGGAUGGAUGUUUCUUGGAAUUGGUUUAACUAUGGCUAUUUUGCAAGGAGGUUGGGUGAGAAGAGUUCCUUCGCAUAAAACAAAAUCGGUUGCAGAAUUGGGUUUAUGGUUAAUAAUACCAGCUUUUGUAUUUAUUGGCUUAGCAAAAAAUACAAUGAUGUUAUAUCUUGGAAUAUUUUUAUUUGCCGUUUCAACGGCUAUGGUUGUUACUUGUAUGAUGACAUUAGUCACAAAAAUAGGACCAGAACAUCAAAAAGGUACAAUAACUGGAAUAUUCCGUUCGUUGGGUGCAUUAGCACGUGCAAGUGGACCAAUCGUAGCUUCUGCAGGAUUUUGGUAUUUUGGAAGUACUACAACAUAUCUAACUGGAGCUGUUUUUCUUUUAUUGCCACCCUUUAUACUUCAUAUUAUGAAGCCUCUAUAACAAAAAAGAGAUCUAUAUUAAAUAUAUUUUUACUUAUUGAUAUAUAUAUAUAUAUAUAUAUAUAUAUAUAUACAUAUUUUUAUAUUUGCAAAUUGCAUUCACUGAAGUGUCC